AUGUCUUUAAAAUUGCCCCAAAAUCCAAACGCAGGACUUUUCAAACAAGGUUACAACAGUUACUCUAACGCAGAUGGACAAAUCAACAAAUCCAUUGCCGCAGUCCGUGAAUUGCAUCAAAUGUGUUUGACAUCUAUGGGUCCAUGUGGUCGCAAUAAGAUCAUCGUUAAUCACAUGGGUAAGAUUACCAUCACUAAUGAUGCCGCUACCAUGUUGAGAGAAUUGGAAAUCGUCCAUCCUGCUGUGAAAGUGCUUGUCAUGGCUACUGAACAACAAAAAAUUGAAUUGGGAGAUGGGACUAAUUUGGUUAUGGUUUUGGCUGGUGAGUUAUUGAACGUUUGUGAAAAAUUGAUCGCGCUAGGGUUGUCUGCAGUGGAAAUUAUUCAAGGUUAUAAUAUGGCUAAAAAUUUCACUUUGCAAGAAUUAGAUAAAUUAGUUGUAGAUGAUAUCGUUGAUAAGAAUGAUAAAAGCCAGUUGAUCAAAAUAAUUAAACCUGUUAUUGCCUCAAAACAAUUCGGAUUUGAGGAUUUGUUAAGUGAUCUGGUUGCAGAUGCCGUGUCUCAUGUCUUACCUAAGACUUCUCAAUCUACUAAUCCAUAUUUUAAUGUUGAUUCCAUUAGAGUAGUGAAGAUUAUGGGUGGUUCCCUAAGUAAUUCCACCGUCAUUAAGGGGAUGGUUUUCAAUCGUGAACCAGAGGGACAUGUUAAAUCAUUAGAAGGUGGUGAACAACAUAAAGUCGCUGUCUUUGUUUGUCCAUUAGAUAUUGCAAAUACAGAAACUAAGGGAACCGUUUUGUUACACAAUGCUCAAGAAAUGAUGGAUUUCUCUAAAGGUGAAGAAAAGCAAAUCGAUGCCAUGAUGAAGGAAAUUGCUGACAUGGGCGUUAAAUGUAUUAUUGCCGGUGCCGGUGUGGGAGAAUUAGCUUUACAUUAUCUAAACCGUUACGGUAUCUUAGUCCUAAAGGUACCAAGUAAAUUCGAAUUGAGAAGAAUAUGCCGUGUUUGUGGUGCCACACCAUUACCAAGGCUUGGUGCUCCAACACCUGAAGAAUUAGGUGUCGUGGAAACUGUGAAGACAAUGGAAAUCGGUGGUGAUAGAGUUACCGUUUUCAAACAAGAAUCUAAUGAAAUUUCUAAGACCGCUACUAUCAUCCUAAGAGGUGCUACACAGAACAAUCUAGAUGACAUUGAAAGAGCCGUCGAUGAUGGUGUUUCUGCUAUUAAGGGUUUAAUGAAACCAUCAGGUGGUAAACUAUUGCCAGGUGCAGGUGCCACUGAAAUUGAAUUAGUCUCAAGAAUUACUAAAUUCGGUGAAAAGACUCCAGGUCUAUUACAAUUAGCUAUAAAACAAUUUGCCCUUGCAUUCGAAGUGGUUCCACGUACUUUAGCAGAAACCGCUGGUUUAGAUGUCAAUGAAGUUCUUCCAAAUUUAUACGCCGCACAUACUAUGACUGAUGAUGAAGCUAAUGAACCAUCAUCUCAAAAUGAUUGUCUGUUUAAGGGUAUAGAUACAUUGGGAGAAACAUCAGAAGGUGUUAAAGAUAUUAGAGAAGAUGGUGUGUAUGAUAUGUUGGCUACAAAGAAAUUUGCCAUUAAUGUAGCUACUGAAGCAGCCACUACUGUGUUAUCUAUUGACCAAAUUAUCAUGGCCAAGAAAGCUGGUGGUCCAAAACCACCACAAGGUCCAAGACCUGGUAAUUGGGAUCAAGAUGAUUAA